GAGGAUACCCGUUUCCUGGGCUACAGCGAGGUCCUGUGGGGGCCUAAGGAAGGUGGUGCGCUGCUUCAAGCCGGAACCCGGGCGUGGCGGCCGCGCCGUGGAGCGGCCGGGCUCCCGGACUUAGUCCCGGGGCACGAUGGCCAGCGUCCACGAGAGCCUCUACUUCAACCCCAUGAUGACCAAUGGGGUGGUGCACGCCAACGUGUUCGGCAUCAAGGACUGGGUGACGCCGUAUAAGAUCGCGGUGCUGGUGCUGCUGAACGAGAUGGGCCGCACGGGCGAGGGCGCCGUCAGCCUCAUGGAGCGGCGGAGGCUCAACCAGCUGCUCCUGCCGCUGCUGCAGGGCCCAGAUAUUACACUGUCUAAACUGUACAAGUUAAUUGAAGAAUCUUGUCCCCAGCUGGCAAAUUCAGUACAGAUCAGAAUCAAACUGAUGGCUGAAGGCGAAUUGAAGGAUAUGGAACAAUUUUUUGAUGACCUUACAGAUUCUUUUUCUGGAACUGAACCAGAGGUUCACAAAACGAGUGUAGUAGGUUUAUUUCUGCGCCAUAUGAUCUUGGCCUACAGUAAGCUUUCUUUCAGUCAAGUGUUUAAACUGUACACCGCCCUUCAACAGUACUUCCAAAAUGGUGAGAAAAAGACAGUGGAGGAUGCUGACAUGGAACUGACCAACAGAGAGGAGGGCGAAAGAAAAAUGGAAAAAGAAGAACUUGAUGUGUCUAUACGUUUUGUUUUAUUUUCUUCCAGAGAAGAGGAGGUAUCUUGCAGUGGGCCUCUCUCCCAAAAACAAGCAGAAUUUUUUCUUUCUCAACAGGCUUCUUUGUUAAAGAAUGAUGAGACGAAAGCCCUCACUCCAGCAUCUUUGCAGAAAGAACUGAACAACUUGUUGAAAUUUAAUCCUGAUUUUGCUGAAGCGCACUAUCUCAGCUACUUAAACAACCUCCGGGUCCAAGACGUGUUCAGCUCCACACACAGCCUCCUUCAUUAUUUCGAUCGCCUGAUUCUCACUGGGGCCGAAAGCAAAAGUAACGGGGAGGAGGGCUACGGCCGGAGCCUGAGAUACGCUGCACUGAACCUGGCUGCCCUGCACUGCCGAUUCGGUCACUAUCAGCAGGCAGAGCUCGCCCUGCAGGAGGCCAUUAGGAUUGCCCAGGAGUCCAACGAUCAUGUGUGUCUCCAGCAUUGCUUGAGCUGGCUUUAUGUGCUGGGGCAGAAGAGAUCUGAUAGCUAUGUCCUGCUAGAACACUCUGUGAAGAAGGCAGUACAUUUUGGGUUACCGUACCUCGCCUCCCUGGGAAUACAGUCCCUAGUUCAGCAGAGGGCUUUUGCUGGGAAGACAGCAAACAAACUGAUGGAUGCCCUAAAGGACUCUGACCUCCUACAUUGGAAACACAGCCUGUCAGAGCUCAUCGAUAUUAGCAUUGCACAGAAAACAGCCAUCUGGAGACUCUAUGGCCGCAGCACCAUGGCCCUGCAGCAAGCCCAGAUGUUGCUGAGCAUGAACAGCCUGGAGUCUGUGAAUGCGGGUGUGCAGCAGAACAACACGGAGUCAUUUGCUGUCGCCCUCUGCCAUCUUGCAGAGUUGCACGCAGAGCAGGGCUGUUUUGCUGCGGCUUCGGAAGUGUUAAAGCACUUGAAGGAACGAUUCCCGCCUAAUAGUCAGCAUGCCCAGUUAUGGAUGCUGUGUGAUCAAAAGAUACAAUUUGACAGAGCAAUGAAUGAUGGCAAAUACCAUUUGGCCGAUUCACUUGUUACAGGAAUCACAGCUCUUAAUAGCAUAGAGGGCGUAUACAGGAAAGCAGUUGUACUACAAGCUCAGAACCAAAUGUCAGAGGCGCACAAGCUUUUACAAAAAUUGUUGAUUCAUUGUCAGAAAAUCAGGAACACAGAAAUGGUGAUCAGCGUCCUGCUGUCUGCGGCAGAGCUCUACUGGCGGUCUUCCUCCCCAACCAGCGCGCUGCCCGUGCUCCUGCAGGCUCUGGCCCUCUCCAAGGAGUACCGGUUACAGUACUUGGCCUCAGAAACGGUGCUGAACUUGGCUUUUGCUCAGCUCAUUCUUGGAAUCCCAGAACAGGCCUUAAGUCUUCUCCACAUGGCCAUUGAGCCCAUCCUGGCUGACGGGGCAGUGCUGGACAAAGGCCGUGCCAUGUUCUUGGUGGCCAAGUGCCAGGUGGCUUCAGCAGCUUCUUAUGAUCCACCGAAGAAAGCAGAAGCUCUGGAGGCAGCCAUCGAGAAUCUCAAUGAAGCCAAGAACUAUUUUGCAAAGGUCGACUGCAAAGAGCAAAUCAGAGAUGUUGUUUACUUCCAGGCCAGACUCUACCACACACUGGGGAAGACCCAGGAGAGGAACCGGUGUGCGAUGCUCUUCCGGCAGCUGCAUCAGGAGCUGCCUUCUCACGGGGUGCCCUUGAUAAAUCAUCUGUAGUGAGAGCGGCCCUGCCGAGCCGCUAUAAAGGCUAGAAGGUUUACAUCCCUCCCGCCAUGUAGAUGAUGGACGUGAUGUCUGUCUGAUCAAUAAACUGCGUUCUGUUUAGUCUUA